GACGACACACACGCACUUGAAACUUGUUCUCAGGGUGUGUGGAAUCAACUUUCCGGAAGCAACCAGCCCACCAGAGGAGGACCCGAGAGCGAGAGGAUACCAUGCUGCGGAGACUAGUUCAGCAGUGGAGCGUCGCCGUGUUCCUGCUGAGCUACUCGGUGCCCUCCUGCGGGCGCUCGGUGGAGGGGCUCGGCCGCCGGCUCAAAAGAGCCGUGUCUGAACAUCAGCUCCUCCAUGACAAGGGCAAGUCCAUCCAAGACUUACGGCGAAGAUUCUUUCUUCACCAUCUGAUCGCAGAAAUCCACACAGCUGAAAUCAGAGCUACCUCGGAGGUUUCCCCUAACUCCAAGCCCUCUCCCAACACUAAGAACCACCCGGUCCGAUUCGGGUCCGACGAUGAGGGCAGAUACCUGACUCAGGAAACCAACAAGGUGGAAACAUACAAAGAGCAGCCCCUCAAGACACCUGGGAAGAAAAAGAAAGCCAAGCCUGGGAAACGCAAAGAACAGGAGAAGAAAAAACGGCGAACCCGAUCUGCCUGGUUAGACUCGGGAGUGGCUGGGAGUGGGCUGCAAGGAGACCACCUGUCUGACGUCUCCACAACGUCGCUGGAGCUCAGUUCACGGUAA